CCUUUUUGUGUGGUAGCCAAACAAGCUAUUCCAUUCCAUAUCUGAGAAAUUAGAAGUCUAUAUCACAAGGUUUCCAAAGCUUAAAUAACUCAGUACCAUAACUCUUAAUAAGAAGAUCUAGCGCGUUGUUCAGAGUUGAAUGAGCUAGAGGCCAAAGUUUUAUUAAAUAACACAUACACUAACUAUAUAUCAUAUAUCUAUGAUUAGAACAAUGGUUCAAAGGGUACGUGAGGUGCUGAUACUCGUGUUCUUGGCCUUGAUCUCGAAAACAAACGGCGAAUGGAAGCCGAACCACUGGGGGAGAUCGAAUUGUGGUCGGCACCCACCGCCCCUGCCACCACAAGAGGAAAAUGGGGGUUACUGCCUUAGCUGGAGGCUGGCGGUUGAGGCAAACAAUAUGCGGGCAUGGCGGACUGUGCCAGUGCAGUGCCUUCGUUAUGUCGAAACGUACAUGAUCGGCGGCCAGUACGAGAAGGACGUGGCCUUUAUCGUCGACCAAAUAUUGGGUUACGCUCGUGGGAUUACUCUCAGCGCCGAUGGCAUGGAUGCUUGGGUGUUCGACGUUGAUGAUACUUGCAUAUCAAAUGUGUUUUACUACAAGGGAAAGAGAUAUGGGUGCGACCCAUAUGAUCCAUCAGGAUUCAAGGAAUGGGCAAUGAGAGGGGGGUGUCCAGCAGUUCCUGGUAUGCUGGCAUUAUUUAACAAAUUGGUAAACAUGGGAUUUAAGAUAUUUCUUCUAACAGGCAGAGAUGAAGAAACUCUUGGCCAACCUACCAUUGAUAACUUGCACACUCAGGGAUUUCAGAAUUACCAACAGCUCAUUAUGAGGACUGUGGCAUACAAAGGGCAGAAUGCAGUGACUUACAAAUCUGAUAUUCGGAGUCAACUGAUGAAAGAAGGGUACAGAAUUUGGGGGAACGUGGGAGACCAGUGGAGUGAUCUUCAAGGAGAAUGUUUGGGCAAUCGAACCUUCAAGCUUCCCAAUCCCAUGUACUUUGUUCCUUAAUUUUUCACUUUCAAAUUCAUACCUCUCCCUCUCCAACUCCAACUCCAACUCCAAGCAAAGAGGUCUUAUGAUGUAGGAGAAUGAUUAUGUGAUGUUGGGAUCAUCUGUCCCAUACUCUGUGUCCUUUAAUUUGAAGUAUUAUAAGACUUUGUUUGGUUAGAGUAAAAUUGAAAAAACAAACAAUAAUAAACCAACCUUAUGGAAGAAAAAAAAACUAAACUAUAAGGAAGUAUUAAUGUACUGGAAUAAAUGUAUAAACAAUACAAAAUCAUAAAACCAUUACAUCUUU